UGUUUGUUUUGCUAUUCAGGUCGACUGAGUAUGGCCUAAACAUUUUUUUAAUAAACAGUAUGGUUUUCAUCAACUAUUGAUUAAUUUUUGUUCGCGAAAACGUGAAGCAGAAACUGAUUCACCAGAAGCUGUGUUUAGUGGUCCGCUGGGACACAUUGAUAUUUUGAUGUUCGAAGACCCUCGUAGCCAGUGCGUGUAAUGAUUCCGACCCGCAAAAGAAUAUUAUAUUCCGAAAAUGCCCUACAAGCAGCUAUGACUGCUGCGAAAAUGGCUUAUCUAUACGGCAGGCGGCAUUAAUGCAUAAAAUUCCAGCUGGAACGUUGCGUGAUAAAUUACGUGGAAAAUAUCCCAAGGGGUCCAAACCCGGACAGGUAUCUAUCUUGACAAACGAAGAAGAGUCAAAAAUCGUUAAGUGGCUAACUACAUUAGCUCGAACUGGCUUUCCUGUCACUUUGAAGCAGCUUCGGAUCAAUGUUGGAAAUUUUAUUAGGCUUUCCCAAAAGCGCAGUCCUUUCAAAAACGGUAUUCCAGGAAAAAAAUGGGUACAGCUGUUUUUAAAACGACACCCGGAAGUAUCGCUAAGAAAACCGAGCGUUCUGGCACGAAUCAGAGCAACAAUUAAAAAGGAUCAGAUUGUAGAGUGGUUCUCGAAAGUGUGUGAAUAUUUAAAGCAGGAAGGCCUCGAACAGCUUUUAGAAGAGCCACAAAGAAUUUUUAACCUGGACGAGACAGCCUGCGAACUGGUUGUCAGGAAACGAAAGUGUGUGGCUCUGAAGAACACCAAACACUUCUAUUCAGUGUUCGGAAAUGGUGAUAAAGAAAGCUAUACGGCUCUCUUCACAGCUAGUGCAAAUGGAAAGAUGCUUCCCCCAUUAGUAUUGUUCCCCUAUAAAUGCCGGCUUCCUGGAGAAGUGAUCCGGACGGCACCAGCAGACUGGGGAAUCGGAAAAACAGAUAAUGGGUGGAUGACUGGAAACGCUUUUUACGAGUUCCUCAAAAACAUUUUUCAACCAUGGCUGGAGAGAGAAAAGAUCGCUCUGCCGGUAUUGUUGUUUGUCGACGGUCAUAGAAGCCACGUGACGUUGCUGAGUACUCUUUUCUGUAAAAAAAAUCAAAUAAUACUUAUUUGCUUGUACCCAAAUUCAACCCAUUUGACACAGCCGCUGGAUGUUAGCUUUUUUGGACCGAUGAAAAAGCACUGGGAAGAUACUCUUCUUGAAUUCCGUUCAAAACAUGGAAUGCGAGCUAUUGCAAAAUCGGAAGUUUGUCCGCUGAUCAAACUCACCCUCGACAAUUUUGAAAAUAUGGAGGAAAUAAUAAAAAGUGGAUUUCGUAGAAGCGGACUAUAUCCCUGGAAUCCGGAUGCCGUCAACUACGGUUCAAUGCCGACUAGUGAAAGCUUACCUACAACCAACAACUGUGUCAGCGAGCUGAACAAUGUGGAGAAACCCGGUUUCGUUGAUUUCGAGAAACGCCUAACACCGUAUCAGUUAGCGGAGUUUUCCAAGCAGAAGGAUUCUCCAGGUUGGUCUGGUUCGAUAGAAGACACAAACUUGUUUUUAUUUUGGAAAAAAUGGAAAAACGAGAUUGAUAGUAUGGUAAAGGAUGAUGAAAGUGUAUUCCUGGGUUUCCCAGAAUCGGAAUCUAAAAUAACUGAUGGUUUCCAUCAUUUUCUGUCUUCCGAGGGUGAUCAGAAGUGUUCAAUAUACCUGGCGACAGUGAAGGAUAUAUUCGAGGAAACUUCAACAUUAAAAGAACGCUGCCAUUCUUUGCCAUUAGAUAAUAAUGCAAAUACGGACACAGAGGUCAUGGAAAAAAAGCAUUUACUUGAGGAAAUAUUUACGCAUCCAAACAUUAUAAAACCACCACCCACUAAACGAGUUACCCGUUAUCCAGUUGUAGCUACGAGCAGGGCCUUUAAUUAUCACCGAAUUUCAAACAAAACAGAAAAUCUUUUUUCUUAGCAUACAUUGUUUUUUAUGCCUCUGAGUUUCGUAUAUACAACUGCAUAAUGAUUUUCAUCAUAGUAUACAAGUUCAAUAUAUCGUGAAAAUAGAACAGGAGAAAGUGAUUUUCAAACACAGAAGGUGAUAUUCACUUCAGGAAAAAAACAAUUUUAAAUGCAGUAAAUGAAAAGAAAAAUCUUAUGUCCAACAGCUGAACGCAAUAGAUGCUAAAUAACAACAUAAUUUUUUUUUGUUGAUUUUCACUGCUCAAACGUGAAUAUCAGUUUGUUACAAUAUCACAGGGCGCUGAUAUUCUAUAUUCUCGCGCAUGAAGUUCAUGCUUGCUGUAUAUAGUUAUUAUGUACGUUUGAUCAAAGCAAGCAGAUUUUCAAUGCAAGGCAGACUGAUAAUCCAGAAGUUUGAACGUUAUGCUGAUGAAUAUUAACAGCACUGGCUACGAGUCAAACUUUUAUGGCAUAUUUGGAUGCUAAAGAAAAAGAAAAACAGGCAAUUGAAAACGAGAAAGUAAGAAAACGCGAAUUAAAGGAAAACAACAAGCAGCAAAAGGAGAUGCAGAAAAAAGAAAAAACAAAAAAGCAAAAACUUGAACGCGAAUCCAAAUUAAAUAAUAGUUUAAAUUUGAAAAAGAAACUUCUUUAGCAAAAUUUAAUUUUGUCAAGAAAUAUAAAUAAAAUAAUGAUCUGCAGCGAAUUCAACCAUAAUUUGGGUUUUAUUCGAUCGAUUAGAAUAAAAAAAAAUAUGAGCGGUAAAUGGCUCCCAUAUGAGCGGUGAAUGGGUCAUCGUAUUUGAGGUGAGCGGUAAAAGGGGUCGUGAGAGUGCAUUACUUUUUUAAAACGAAGUCACUAUCAUUAAAUAUUUAGAAAUCUAGUGAAUUUUUCUUGUAAACACAAUUGUAUUCUCUAGCUUAUGACGCAAAUUGCGUUUCGAUUGACCUCAAUUUAGAUUUGUUAUGGACAAACUAACUUAGUAUCGUUUUUAAAUGAGCGGUAGAU